AUGCCCAUAGAUCUCAACAUUCCUCCUGAUCAACAUGGAGAGCUCUUACCUGAUCUCAAUGAAGAACCUGCACAUGAGGAAGAUGAAAUCGCUCAUCUCCAGGAAGAUCAACUUCAUGAAGAUGAAGCCCAACUUCCAGAUCAACAUGGAGAGCUCUUACCUGAUCUCAAUCAAAAACCUGCAUAUGAGCAAGAAGACAAAAUCUCUCAUGUGAGCAAGAUCAAGUUUAUGCAGUUGAAGCCCAUUUCCAAGGUCAGCCCCUACAUCUUCAUCACAAUGAACGCCUUGGUAUGCAUGUCAUCGAUCUCAACGUUUAUGCUUCCGAGGGAGAACACGAACAUCAUGAAGCGACAAAUACAUCAAGUUCACAGCAUGGUGGAGGCCAUGGAUGAGUAUGGUGUUCACACUGACCCUGAGGACAUAGUCUUCUAUGAAGAGGAGUUGGAUGACUCGGAUGUUGAAGAACAUCACAACAUUGAAGUUUCUGAGCAGCAACAAGAGAUGCAGCAAGUUAUCAACAUGAUGGACGACAUGCACGAGUAUGGUGUGUAUGCUAAUGCUGUGGAGGUACACUUCGAUGAAGAGGAGUUGGAGGACUCAGAUGUUGAAGAAGAUCAUCAUGCUACUCAGAAUAGAGCACGUCCAUACAGAAAUUUGACAGAUGCCGAACGACAGCAAAUCUAUGAAGCAUUGCUUAAGAGAAGCAACCAUGGAAGACUAAAGAGAAAAAGCACAACUGUAGUUGCUCAAUUGUUCAAAAGAGCGAAGCAAUGCCGUGCACAAGGAAGGCCAGUGGAUGUUAGAUCAAGAAUGCCCAAGAAGUGCGGGCGCAAAAAGGAAGGAGCAAAACGAAGAAGCCGUAAUAGAGGGAGAGGGGCCCAAGUCACUAAGCCUAUUAAGGUGGAUCGAACUACUAUGAGGUCGUACCUGAUUGGUAAAGUUCUAAAAGCUAUUGUUCAAAAAUGGCCACGAGAACUUAGAGGAAAAACCAUAUAUAUUCAACAAGACAAUGCGCGCGUCGAGGAUGAGGAGCUACUAGAGGAGAGGAACGGGGAAAGGAGAUCUGCAGGGAUGGAGUUCGAUUUGAGCGUGAAUUAG